AUGUCGUACGGUGUAAGAGGCGGUCGCGGAACAGCUGGCGGUCCAAUUCGUGGACAAUCUGGAAAUCGUGGCGGACGCGGCGGUAGCGGCGGACCACGUGGAGGUGGUAUGACCGGUGGACCCAGCGGAUAUCCGCCGCAGUUUCAAGGCGCUUAUCCAGGACCACAAGGAUAUGGACCUGGUUAUGGAUAUCAGGAUUACGAUGCUUCCUAUGGCGGAUUCGGCGGUUACGGAAUGCCGCCAGGCUACGGUGGAUUCCAGCCGGAAAUAGUAAGCCCAUUAGAUCAGGAGAUACAAUGUGUGCUUCGCGAGAUCCAUACCGAAUUGGCGACAUUGGAUUCGACCGAUAAAACCGAGCAAUUUCGCAAUGCCAGACGGCUAUUGGAUCAUGAGAAAGAGCGAUUGGAGACGAAUAUGGAUCCCGAGUGGCUUGAAGUCGACAUCGCGAAACCAGUGCGGGUUGUAAAGAAAGUGUUGAUUCCAAAUUAUCGACACCCACACUUUAACUUUGUCGGAAAAAUCUUGGGCCCAAAAGGAGCCACACUUCAAUCAAUGGCGAAAACGCAUAAAUGCCACAUUUAUGUGCUCGGUCGCGGCUCGACAAAAGACAUGGCGAAAGAGGCGGAGCUUUUGCGAAGCGGUGAUGCACAGCAUGCACAUUUCGGCGGACCACUUCACGUGAAAAUCGAGACGGUCGCGCCGGCUCACAUCGCCUAUUCACGUGUGGCGGCUGUAAUUGAGGAUUUGGCUCGUAUUCUUCAACCGGUUCACGAGGACACGACACCAAGUCAUAUGAAGAAUGGUGAGGAGAAUAGUGGCGAAGGAAAGAAAGAAGGAGGCGAAGAGGCUGGAAAUAGUGGUGAAGGAAAUGGAAGUGGAGGACGUGGACGCGGGCGUGGUGGCUAUGGACGUGGUGGAAUGAAUCGUGGUGGUCGUGGAAGAGGCGGAGCCCCGUAUGGGUAA